UUGAUUCCCCCGCCCGGCAGAAUCCCCCUCCCUCCCCAAUGUCCCAUAUUCACCGCCUUGCUAUCAAAUCCCGGCCAGCUCCCGCUGGAAGUCGGAGUGGCUGCAACUCAAGUACGAGUAACUCAGGAAUCGUUGCGCAAUUGUCAGGUGCUCAAGUCCUACUUCCAACUACGAUCAAUUACCCAGCAGUAAAGUUCGCCGAAGAACAAUACCAACAAAAUGCAUUCCCACCUUCACACCCCCUACAACAUCAACUGCGAGGAAAUCAUGACUGCAUUGGACGACUGCCACGCCCAAGGGUUCUUGCACAAGGCGCUGGGUAACUGCAACGACAUCAAGCGCGAGGUCAACAAGUGCCUCUCGGAGCAACGCUAUGCGCGCGCAAAGCAGAACCGCGACCAGGCGCGCGAGAACCGUCGACGGAUUGAGAAGAUCUGGGCGGACGAGAAGGUGUUUGAGGGGGUUCCUCCUCCUGCUGCUGCUGCUGCUGCUGCUGCUGAGGGGAAAUAAAAGCCCUCGGGGUGACGAGAUUGAAAAGGAUGGCAUGAUCUUGUUCUAUAUUGUGCUGGCUGGAGAUUUUUUAUGGUUGGCGUGUAGGAAUCUGUACUGUACUCUACUCACGCACACACACUCACACACACAUUGCAUCUGGGAUUGGCGUUGGGGAAGGAGGAUUACCAUUUUUGUUCUACUUUUUUUUCCCAUGAUAUGUUGUUUUGUGGUUACUGAGAGCUAACGUCUCUCGAUUCCGGGUUGGGAAGAAAGAUAUCUCGAAAGGUAUCUUUAUCUUCCAAUAUGAAGAUAUGAAAGAUUGGAUAUACAGCUCACUGCUCAUACAUAUAUGGACACAUUUUUUUCU